AUGGUCGACCUAUCCAUCGAUGAGGCGAACAAGAUUCGCCUGUCUAUGGGCCUUCCUGCCCUCCCAGGUGGAAGUGCUUCCGCAGCGCCCGCAGCGCCCUCCGGUCUCGAUUUCAAGCCUGCCAAAGAUGACGACGACUCGGACGGAGAGCCUGCAAGCACCAUCGAUACGCGUCAGGCCGCUGCUUCUGAUAACUGGAAGAAACUCGAGGAAGAAAGAUUGGCCAAGAUCAGGCGCGAGGAGCGUGCCGCCGCAAUUAAGAAAGAACGCGAGAGGGCAUCGCGCUUUACCAAACUCGAAGGCAAGGGACUGGCGGAUGAAGCGGACGUUGACGAUGACUUGGCUUGGUUGAAAAGUAGCAAGAAGCGCCAGAAGAAGAUCGCCAAGGAAGAACAAAUGCGCAAGGAGCUGGAAGAGCGCGAGCGCCAGGCGCUUGAGGCUAUGCAGUACACCGAUAAAGACCUUGCGGGCGUCAAAGUUGGACACGAGCUAGACGAGUUCGACGACGAGGACCAGAUUUUGGUGCUCAAGGACACUGCAGUCGAUGCCGAAGACGAAGAUGAGCUCGAGGCGGUUGCGCUGAGGGAGAAGGAGCGGCUGCAAGAGCGACUCGAUUCCAAGAAGCGAAAGCGCGUUUAUGACCCCAACGACAUGGACGAGUCGGGUCAAAAGUCGAUUUUGGCACAAUACGAUGAGGAAAUUGACGGCAAGAAGAGCAAGGCUUUCACACUAGAUGGCAAGGGCCGGACUGUCGAGGCUAUCCAGGCUGAGGCUGAAGGUGCUGCAAAGCCAAAGAAGGUUGCCAUCAGUCUUGACAUACUCAAAGAAGAUGCGCCUGCAAAUGAUUACAUGGAUGUUUCGGAGGUCAAAAUGAAGAAACCCAAGAAAAAGAAGAGCAAGAAGUCCAAGCGGGAGCGUGUCGAAGAUGAGGACGAAAUGCUCGCCAUGCCUACGGAGCCUGCAGCUGACGACAUGGAAGUUGAUGGCGGAGAAGCCGCUGCACCACAACAGAAGAAGAAGGUUUUCGACGAAUCCUUCAUAGACGAUGAUGAUCUUCAGGCAAACCUUGCGGCCCAGCGUCAAAAAGCCCUCAAAAAGCGCAAGAAGAUGCGACCAGAAGAUUUGGCACGACAACUGCGCGAAGAAGCUACCACCCCCCAACCUGACAUCCUUGAAUCUACCGAAGAUGGAGAUGUCGGGUUAGUCAUUGACGAGACGACUGAGUUUGUUUCGAAUUUGGGUGCGGCUGGUGAUGAAGAAGAAGAGGCACGCCGGAAACGUAGAAAGUCAAGCCACAUCUCUGAAGGCACCAAGUCAAUGGGCGACAUUCCAGUUGCUGACGAAGAUGGCGAUGUAGAAAUGGGCCAAUCAUACGCUGAAGCAGCAGAAGCAGAAGACGCAAGGAAUCGCAGCGUCUCGCGUGCUCUUUCCACCGAAAUUACCGAAACAGGUCUCGAGGCUGAGAAGACUGUUGAUCAAGGUCUAGGCGCCACGCUUGCCCUGCUCAAGCAACGAGGACUGGUCGCCGAAUCUGACGCUGGUGAGAAGAAUGCCUUGUACCGUGAACGCCAGAAGUUCAUGGCCGACAAGGCUAAGGCCGAGGCGGAAGCUGAACGUCAACGCAAGAUUGUUCGUGAGCGCGAGCGAAAUUCUGCCCGUUGGAAUAACAUGACGCCUCGCGAGCGCGAAGAAUGGGCCCGCAAGAACAACACCAGCGCAGACAUGGUCGAAAGCCGUCGUCUCGCCGAGCUCUUUAACAAGGAGUACACGCCAAACAUCGAGCUCAAGUAUGUCGAUGAGCAUGGUCGUCAAAUGAACCAGAAAGAGGCGUUCAAGCAGCUCAGUCACCAAUUCCACGGCAAGGGCAGCGGUAACACCAAGACGAAGAAGCAUCUUGAGAAAAUUGCGGCUGAGAAGAAGAAGAUGGCCGAGAGUUCGCUCGAUUCCAGUCGAAGCGGAGGCGGUGGUUUGGGCAACGCGUUUGACGACCAAGCCAAGAAGAAGGGUACGGCUGGUGUCCGCUUGCAAUAA